AUGGCCGAACUGAAUAUGCUUGAACAAUGGUACUAUGAGGUACCUCCCGUAACGCGCGUAUGGACAACUGCUGCUGUUGUCACAUCAAUACUCGUCCAAUGCCAGAUUGUCACGCCAUAUCAGCUAUUCUAUAGCUCUGUUAGUGUUUGGGGGAAGAGCCAGUAUUGGCGAUUAAUUACAACCUUUCUCUACUUCGGUCCAUUAAGUCUUGACUUCAUGUUCCACAUAUUCUUCAUGUCCCGCUACUCUCGCAAUCUUGAGGAAUCAUCGUUCCGCGGACAGACCGGGGAGUUUGCGUGGCUGAUACUUUACUCUUCCGUCUCCCUACUGAUCCUCUCCCCAAUAGCCUCCAUGCCAUUCCUUGGCUCCCCGCUAUCAUUCAGCUUAGUCUACAUCUGGGCCCGCCGCAACCCCGCUGUAAGACUAUCCUUCCUGGGGCUAUUUGUAUUCACGGCGCCGUACCUGCCCUGGGUCCUACUCGGCUUUUCAUUGCUGCUCCACAACACACUCCCGAAAGAUGAUCUGUUGGGAAUUGUGGUUGGCCACAUAUACUAUUUCUUCGAGGAUAUUUAUCCCAGGAUAAGGAAUGGUCAGAGGCCAUUGAGAAGCCCGGAGGUCUGGAGGAGGUUGUUUAGUGCGCGGGAUGUAGCAGCUUAG